GAUUUUGUCACCUUUGUGUUUACCCAUUACUGGAAUUGUUGGGCCAAAACCCGCACAUUGUGGGGGGAAAAUCCCUGAAACCCUUCCGAAUUCGAGUAAUAGAUCUCCGUGAUCGAAAAUGCGAACCAUUAGCAGAGUAUUUAUAAUAGGAAAUGGCGUCCCCGGUGCAGAAAAUCAAUGCUUCGGUUUGGUUCGAGCUUUGGGCUUAUCGCAUCGACAAACACUAUUUCGAGUUAUUAGGCCAAAAGGAGGUUUUAAUAAGCGACUUCAGUUUUUGCCUGUUUCUCUCCAUAAAAGGUUAGAAAAUGUCAGAAAGUUGAUUUAUGGAGAUUCACUUCCAACACAAAUAGCAGUCAGAGGACAUAAAUUGAUGUCUCUUGCUGCCGAAAGACAGGUUUCUUCAGAUAUCCUAGAAGCUAAUGCAAAACAUAUUGCAGCACUAUCCUGUGAAGCAUUUGCCAAGGAUGGUCCAUCAUUAGUAGUCGCAUCAGGUCGUGAUACUAUCUCCAUUUCAAGCUCAAUAAAACAGUUAGCUCCAGAAUAUGUUUUCACUGUGCAGAUACAACAUCCCAGAUCACGUCUAAAUAGGUUUGACCUAGUGAUCACACCUCGUCAUGAUUAUUAUCCUUUGACACCUGAGGGACAAAAACAAAUUCCUUGGCUUCUUCGGAGGUGGAUAACACCUCGCACAUCUCCAGAGAGACACGUGAUACUGACUGUUGGAGCUCUUCAUCAAGCUGAUUCUAAUGCGCUGAAGGAUGCAGCUUACACUUGGCAUGACGAGUUAGCAACUUUACCAAGACCUUUGCUUGUGGUUAAUGUUGGAGGACCUACAGGUCAUUGUAGAUAUGGUACAGACCUAGCACUGGAGCUAACAGACUUGCUUCUGAAUAUUGUUCCAACCUGUGGGAGCAUCAGAGUAUCUUUUUCUCGUAGAACUCCUUGUAAGGUCUCAGACAUCAUAUGGGAAGAGCUUGGAAAUCAUCCUAAAGUUCACAUUUGGAACGGUGAAGGUCCAAAUCCACAUAUGGGACAUUUGGCUUUUGCAGAUGCUUUUGUUAUCACUGCUGACUCAGUUAGUAUGUUAAGUGAGGCUUGCAGUACGGGGAAACCUGUUUAUGUAAUUGGUGCUGAGCGAUGUACGUGGAAAUUCAGAGACUUCCAUCAAUCCUUGAAAAAUCGAGGAGUGGUUCGGCCAUUCCUUGGAAAAGAAGAUAUAUUUGAAAGUUGGAGCUAUAGUCCCCUGAAUGAUACUAAGGAGGCUGCUGCGCACGUGAUUACAGCACUAGCCGAACGUGGAUGGGGAUUGCCAUCAUAAUUUCUUCUCGACUAUAGUAGUAGUAUUUACCUUGAUUCAGGUAUAUACCAGUUUUAAGAAAUGGAGUAGAGGGAAUUUGUUGAUUUUCUAGCAUCAGGAGAAGUGUCUAUUCUUCUCAUUUGGGUUGUUUACUUCUUUCUAUCCAGUUUUUCUUUUAAGUCGAGGGUCUACCGGAAACAACCUCACAAAGGUAGGGGGUACGGUCUGUGUAAGUGGUUUCUGCAGCUCCUGUAUCCUCUCAUCAAAUUGAUUGAAGUGAAAAGUUAUAGUGGAUCACUUUUGUACCAUAACUUCACAUAGUUUUGUAAAAGAUAUGGUCAUUCGAUUGUAUAUGCUAGCUUUGCU